AUCUACAUCUGGAUUCAGGCGAGAAAGAGAAAGCUCCAUUUUGAGAAUUUCCUCUCACCGGAGGGCAAUCUUCUUCGAUCUCGCACGCACAAACACGCACUGUUGGGUGUCUAAAUUUCCUCAAACUCAAACCCUAAUCCUCAAUUGCGAUCUCCAUCUCUAUACCUCUGUGUUACUGUGAAGAAGAAUUUGAAUUGUAGGGGUUAAUCGAUGAUCAAAGGCACUGUGACUUCUUGAAUUGAAGUCACGGUUUUGGAAGAGAAUGAGCUGUGUGGUGAAAUCCUGAGAACAAUUCGUUGCUAUUAUUGCUAGAAACGCCAUGUGGUUCUCCUUUUGGAGAUCCAGAGAGCGAUUCUCCUUGGAUGAAUUCAGAUUUUUGACUGAUCAGCUGAUGAAAGUUCAAGUUGUUAAUGAGGUCAACAAGGAUUUUGUGAUUGAGGCACUAAGAUCAAUUGCGGAGUUGAUAACAUAUGGUGAUCAACAUGAUGUGGCCUAUUUUGAGUUUUUCAUGGAGAAGCAGGUGAUGGGGGAGUUUGUACGUAUAUUAAGAAUUAGUAGAACUGUUAUUGUCUCGCUUCAGUUGCUGCAGACGAUGAGUAUUGUGAUCCAAAACUUAAAAAAUGAGCAUUCUAUUUAUUACAUGUUUAGUAAUGAGCACAUUAAUCACCUUAUAACAUAUUCUUUUGACUUUCGUAAUGAAGAGCUUUUGUCUUAUUACAUAUCCUUUCUUAGAGCAAUAAGUGGAAAGUUGAACAAAAACACCAUUUCCCUUCUUGUGAAGACUGAUAAUGAAGAAGUAGUAUCAUUUCCACUCUAUGUUGAGGCAAUACGCUUUGCGUUUCAUGAAGAAAGCAUGAUUCGAACUGCAGUACGUGCAUUAACCUUGAAUGUUUAUCAUGUUGGCGAUGAGGCUGUUAACAAAUUUGUUGCCCGUGAUCCUCAUGCCGAUUAUUUCUCAAAUUUGGUCAAAUUUUUCCGGGAGCAAUGCAUCAACUUGGACAAGUUGGUUAAUGCUUCAAAGUGUAUGGGUCCAGAUACCAGUGGUUCUAUCCUUUCAUCUGUUGAUGAGAUUGAGGAUAACCUCUAUUACUUUAGUGAUGUUAUUUCAGCAGGGAUUCCAGACAUUGGGAGGCUAAUAACAGACCUCAUGUUGAAGGUGCUGAUAUUUCCAUCAGUACUUCCUUCUUUACGGAUGGAAGUUGUUAAAGAUAGUGAUACAGGAAUUGGAACCGCAACUUCCUUGUAUUUACUUUGUUGCAUCUUGCGCAUUGUUAAGAUAAAAGAUUUGGCAAAUAUUGUUGCUGCUGUUCUUCUUUGUGAUAUAGAAACAUUCGUCCCAAUGUCUGAACUCUCUGAAGCUAAACUGAAUGGUUUCAUGGUUAACCAUGAUAUGUCACAUGAAAAUCAAGAUUCAGAAAAUAGUGGCUUCAGAUCAGAUUCUGAUGGUCAAAGUUUACGGGUUUUAAUUCCGAACAUAUCCAGCCCCUUAAAUAGUCACCCAGAAGACGACAGUUCUCAACCAGAUCAUGGGAGCACAUAUUCUGCGUUAAGGGAGGCCUUACUUUCUUAUAUUACUACUGGUGACGACAUUCAAGUUUCGGGUUCUUUAAGCAUGCUGGCUACACUAUUGCAGACUAAAGAGCUGGAAGAAUCAAUGCUUGACGCUCUUGGAAUUCUUCCACAAAGAAAACAACAGAAGAAACUCUUGUUGGUAUGUUGCUGCCGUAAAGUAAUCAUUAUAUGAAAGUGAUUUUUCUGAAAUUAAGUUGGAGAUUUGUUUCACUAGUUUCUAUUAAAGUAGGUCCCAUGCUUUAACUUUUGG